GUUUUCUUUAAACCGACAUGAAGUAGAAGGGACGUUACGGAAUACUCAUUUUCGUUUUUUCAACUUGGACUUGCUUAGAAAAAGCAAAAUGAGUAUGUUUGCCGAAGCGUUAACUCGCCCGGGUCUGCUGGUUGGUGACAGCCCCGCGACCUCAACCGCACUGACGCGGCAGUCCUCGCGCGUAAAAGGAGAGAAAAAAGAUGCUCUUCACCGAGCAGCGCUGGCUGCCAAUUUGCCAGAAUCAAGUAGCACAAGUAGUGCGGCCAAAAAGGAGGAGUCAGUAGACUAUGGAGAACAAGCGAAGGAAAAGAUAAAAGCGACCACUAACCUCCGGUUUUCACCCGGGACCGUAGUACAUGGCCCGGGCUACGAGAAUAAGCAAGCGGGGAAGCAGUUGGCACCAAAGAAGGGCACCCUGAAUUACCCCAAGCGGUCGAAGCAGAGUCAGGCACCAAUUCGGCUAACCGAGUGGCCGGUGAGUACGGAGAAUUUGAAAACGCCACUGGUCGUGGAGCAGCUCUUGCGAGAGGCGGACACACCAAAUCAGGAAGAGAUAUCUUCGAGGUGGUCUUUUUCUUCGUCUGUGACAGAGGACUCUCCGUUGGUUCAGCCAGUCCCGCGGGCCUCGCACCGGAAAAUUAUGAAUACUCGGGGUCUUUCUGCUUCAGUACCAGGUUCUCUUCCUCCAGUCGUGCUAGCAGAACCGGCGAAGGACGAGCCAGAAGUAGAUGCAGCACGAAAAAGUACACCGCAGACAGAAGAGGUCAAAAACAACACAACGGCGAUGUUGUUUUAUGAGGAAACGCCGAGCGGAAGCGCAUCGAAUGACGAAGGCAUGAGCGGCCAAGAAUACUACGAUGAAGAAAACGAAGACGCUGCAGGGGAAGACGAGCCGUAUGAUGAAGCGCAAGAUGAUGAAGAACCCAAGGACGAGGCUGAUGGUACUGAUUUGAUGUGGAGAUAAGUAAUCUGCUUCUCAUUCCGGGUUUCAUAGGUUGAGUGUAAAAAUCAAAGUACUUGUUCAAAUUAUCGAGAAGCAAAGCCCUAAAAACACUCGCAGGUGGCUCUAGAACACAGCAAGGCCUGGUCGCAGAGGGUGAGCAGAUGGCAGCGGACAAUUUCUACGGAGAAGAGGAGGAGGACAGCGAGGAGGAAGAGGAGGACGAUGAAAGCCUGGAUAAUUUCCCUGCCCCUCCUGAUGGCGCUCCACGCGACAAUGAUCCAGGUUCGGAAGACCACGUGUAUCCCGGUAGUAUGAAGAGGUUGACGAGUGCUGGUGCCCCGCCGGAGAUUGCCAGUGGCGUGUCGGCAGGCUCGCAGGGGUCCUUGUUGGACGAUGAGCAGUUGCCUGCAGGUGAUGCUAAAACGGUUCUGUCCUCGCAGCCGCACGCGCCCCCAGCGCGCGUCUUGUCGCAAGAUAACAUCAACAACACCCACGGCGCGGGGCUGCUGCAAAAGGGGAUUGCACCGUCGAAAAACGCUGAGCGGAACUCCAGCUCGUACCGAAAGUCACGGGGUAGCAUGAGGUCCCUGGCCGCGGAGGAGUUCCAGGCGGACGAUCGGUUCUCGCUAGGGUCGGUGAUAAUUUCUAAGCCACAGAUGAACAAUAAUGGUGCAGCAACUACAAAACCAGACCGAUCUUCAAUGCAGUCGCUCGAUGGCGCCACCCCAGAUACGCUGCGGAACAGCAAUGCGGGAAACAUGGAUCGAGGGUCUAUGAUGCCUCUGGAGGCAACUGCGGAGGAUUUGCGGAAUAGUAAUGCUGAAAAACUCGACCGCUCCUCGCUCCUGACUCCGGAAGAUGACGUGAAAGUAGAACCAGGCGAGGAAAAAAUGAAAACGACGUCUGUGCGUCACAUCGUGGCUGCCGCCCCCGCGGGACCUGGUGUAGUGCCGGCGGCAGCGCUGCAGACCGAAACGGUCGUCGGCACCACAACAGCAUCCGCAGAUAAAGGAACCUCGCUUUCUGGCAGGAGUGGGACGGCGCAACGAGAGGGCUUGGAAGACAGGAUCAAGCGACGUGCUGAGGCCAGAGCAAGCCAGUCAUCGGUAAACGCAGUAGAGAAAACCCAAAAAUCAUCGAAAGCGUCUGCCAUCUCGCCGAUGGAAGUUCCUCCAGCAGCUCCAGCAGAGGAAGUGCAGCAACCCCAAGCUGGAGAGGCGAAAUUGGGUUCCGAAGCGGCAAAGACUUCGUACGCACCCUCGUCUAGAAGCACCGGUGUGCCGCCAGCAGUUCGGCGGAACACAAACUCAACCGGUACUUCCCCCCCUGUGAGCCAGCUGCAUCAAAGCGCAGGCCCAGCUACCGCCUCUGGAGGUGCAGUCUCCGCGGGUAAUAGUAGUGCGAUAACUGGCGCCGGCCUGGGCGGCAGCGGUGAUGCAGCGGCGCAAAGCGUCAAUAAUAUGGACGAUCCCGAACGAAAAACCGUGGUUUCUGACGCUGCCACGACGUCGAACACCACACAAGUGCCGCGGUCUUCCAAGAAGAAAGUCACGAUCUCGUCGGAGUGGGGGCCUGCGCCGAAGCAGAAACCACCAGGCACGUCAGGCAGCGGGGCGGCGUCUUCUUCGUCUGCUGCUUCUGAGGACAGAAAAUCCCAGACGCAGCUAACAGAAGAGCUCCUCACCAUGGUCCGGACCGCUAUUGAAGACGCAGGUGCCACGUCCGGGGCCGGCGGAGCGGACAAGUGCUUUUCAUCUCGUGAUUUCGAUUUUCCAUAGUAAUGAUUUUGAGAGAAACCAUUGAUUUGGGCACAAACUUAAAUCAUAAAUCUACGUUCGAUGAAAACUACAUUAACAGGCAGCCUGUCACUACAGCCGCGAAGAUGAACGAUCGCAGUUUGCCGACGCAGCAGAUAUGGCCAGGUCAACUGUGGACUGGGUCAAUGUUUGCAUGGUUUUUACAUUAAGUGAUUGUGUGUGUAUGUGGUUGUCGUGAUAAUCGCACGAGCACGAUUGUUUCUGCACCAUCUAUGGAGCCUGUCCUAGAUCCAAAUUAUCCGAAGCCGAAUUGGCAGAAAGGAUUCGCGCUCUUGGAUUCACCUAAGUGCUCCGAAAAUGACUCUUCACCUGGGUGCUCCAAAAUUGACCCCGCGCCCGGUUGACAAGGCCAUACAUGAAUCUUGCCGCUUUUCUCGGCCUGAGAAAAAGCGAUCGCCGGAAGACCACACAACAGAUGUCCAGUUCUUCCAACUCCUUCCAGCCAGACUCGCGGACGACCACGUCGCCCAGCGGACCCCGCAGCACAAUGUCCUUUUCCAACAGAAGCCCGGGCGAUCGUGGUUUCGCGACACAACAAAAUCUUCCCUCGCGCGUCCCAAGCGUGCGCGGCUCGCAGGCACAGCAAGAGAGGAGAAGCGGCUCGUCCACGAGGUUCUGGGCGUCGGACCCGUUCGUAGGUGCAGCGCCGGCAGAAGGCUUGGGACCCGAACACUACAUCCCAGAACAACAACAUCAAGUUUCUCCACUUCGUGCGGCUGCAGCCACGGUGGCAAACGGGUCGGUGCGCACACAAGACAUCUCGUACCCCGGUCAGGCGCCGUCGCGGGCCAACACCGGGGGCACGCUAACCGCGCCACAGCCCAUGAUGACGACGCCGUCCGUGAUGUUCCCGCUGGCGUCGCAGCAAACCUCGCCCUCGCGCAUACUUCCGACCACCUCGUUUGCCGUGCCCGUCGCGGUUCCCACCGCGGCGCAGGUGCAACGAAGCAUGACGCGGCAGAUUCAGUCUGCGGAGAUGACGGCGCUGGCACAACUGGAGCAGACGCUGGUCGCAAUGCAAGAGUUCCAGCAGCGCGCGGAGCUGAGUCUGCACGAAAAGCUGGCCGACCAGGAGGAGCGAUUAGCUGCCCUGCAGCAAUAUUGGCAGCGCGAGGCGGGUUCGGCGCUAGUGGAGCAGCUGCGGGAGCACAGUCAGCAAAUGCAGCAGGAUAUCGAAGACCGAGUUUCCAGUAACAACACGCACCUGGAACUUCUGCUGCGGGACGUGGUGCAGUCCGUUGUAGUGCAGCAGAAGUUGUCACUGUCAACCGGAUCGGGUUCGAAGUCGACCCGGGUAACCAACAUCGCAGACGGCAGAAGCCUGGGUAAUGACCAGGAGAGGCGGGCUGCGGGGACCCCAUCAUUGGUUGACGCCGCAACGAGCCCCGUGGACGAUCGAGCUGCGGUGACACAGCAGCUCGAACAAGAGAGAAACGUGCGGUCAGGAGUUCCGGACAAUUUUGGACGCAAACCGUCCACGCGCCAAUCCGGCUCGGGGCAACUGCAGCAGCUGCUCACUCCCAAAACGGUAACGGCCUCGCCGUACCCGCCCAAGACGCUUCUCCUACAGGCCGAAGACGGCGAGACUGGUAAAUUUUUACUUUUCGGUGAUGUGCAUAUGCGCUUUUCUCUUUCUUGUUUCUGACUCUGCUUCGUAUGGAGCGAGAGAAAAAAUGGAUGGCGUUGAGAAACCAAACAAGUGCGAAGUGCAUGAAAUCGUUCAUUCGCUCGGACCUUUAUUUAUACCAGGCGCCAAUCAUCUUCCCGACAGCGCGAUGCUGCAGGACCGAUCGCGCAAGAAGUUCAAGAAGAUGAUGGUUCUGUUCAGCGACGAUCUCCCCACGGAACGGCUUGCGAUAGAGGAAUUAAAGAACGUAGGGAACCGGCUGUACCUCGAACGGGAAUACGAGACUUCCGCGGAAUACUUCACGAAAGCCAUCCUUAUGUUUGAAGCCAGGUAGUCGCGCAGUACGUUCUUUAGAGACUUUUGUUAAACCCAUUGCUGACGAUGCGAGCGUGUUUUUUGUGGUGCUGCAGAUACGAAAACACUAGAUACGGGUAAGGAUGAUUGCAGAUGUCUAUGCUGAUCCAGCUUAUUGUGUAAAUUUGAAAACAGGUUCUACGAAAAUUGUCCGCGCGAUUACCAUUCGAAGUCCAUUUUGGGCAUUCUGUACGGCAAUCGGUGUCAGUGCUAUCUAAUGCUCGCUAAAGAGGCCCAGGCGGGAAAGCCGUUGUCUGCUGAUGAUAUCGAUCCAGACGUCAGGUAAAAGAUGCGCAGGCAUGAUUUCUUUUGGACUUUUCCAAUGGGAUGUGCAAGCUGAUCCUGAUGCAGUGUAAUAUUCGACGUCCAUCGACGUUUAAAUCGUUUCGCAUUUUUCUUUCAACAGGUACUUCGCCCUCCGUGCGAACCGUGACGCAGUGGUCUCUUACAGUCUGGACCCGAUGAAUGCGAAGAGCUUCCAUAAGCGCGGACAGGCCUUGCUCCUCCUUUCUGGAAUGCAGCAGCGUUCUAAGGCGGCCAUGAAGUCCUUCGAGCGAGCACUCCAACUCGGCACGCUGCCGGCGUCAACCCGGCGAGACGCGGAGCAGUGGCAUGAGUUCGCGAAGAAGCGAUGGGAAGAGGAGACGCCGCUACCGGGCGGAAAAAAAUCUGUGCAGGAGUGUGCGGUGCAGUGAAUCAUGUUUCGUUCUGAGAUCGCGUUUCUUUGUUGAAAGGAGUACGGUCUGUGUAGCUUUCCGAUGGAUGCUUGAUGUACUCGAGCCAGUGUUUCUUUUUAGUCUUUCAUUAUUCAAACAAGAGGGAGCAGGACAAGCUCUUUUUCUGUCAAUGUUUUUACCAGCAUCGAUCCAUCUUCUAAGUGCGAACAAAACUCCAGGUAGGUUGUUUUCUUUUUCAUAAAUUCGUUUUGAUUUGCUUUUUCGUUUAAGUCUCUCUACGAGACGAUUCGCUCUCGUUCUUCUAGUUACAGCAAAAAUCAGGGUGUAUCAAAAGAAAUCUUCAUAGCGACAAAUGAAUCAUAAUCAUCCAGUUAUUGUCAGAUAGAUUACGGAAAGGAGGUGCACUCACAGCCAUGAAGGCAUCAGCCUGAUAUGCGUGGCUAAAAUUUCGUCUUCGUCGUGGCAUGAAUGGUGACUACUUGUUGACCUGUAGCAUACAAGUUGGAUAUUGAUAUAUUACUUCGUCAAAAUAAGUAACUCAAAAGAGCGCUUCUCGUUCUCAUCGUGAU